CGCUGGCGCACAUGUGAGGAUUGGCGGUGGAGAUGGACUCGCAAAAAGAAAAUCUCAACUGAAUUGCCAAUGCAAAUGUGGCAGGCGGAGACCCACCGAAAGCGCUAGUAGGGCACGAACACGAGGUCUCUGUGCUGUUGUGGAUGUACGUAUGACCAGCUGAAAGUGGCCAAGCAAUCGGUCGACACUACCAGAGAGCGCAGCCACAUACACACAGACGAUUUUAAAGAUACCGACAGUACUACUGUGUUUCUGGGCUGCGGAGUUGCUUCUGAUUUGAUUGCGAUGCGGUCCAUUUAGCGACGGGUGUUCGACUGAUCGGCUGUCCCUGCCGGCAACAUAUGGCCUUGACACAUAUGUCGUUCACAAGAAGAAGAUAUGCGCACUGCAGCUCAGUGACAGUAUUGGCUAUGCGAGUGCAAGUCAUAUGGCCAGUUUGCAGAAAUGCCAAGUGAAGGAAGCGCACACAUUGGUUGUAUACACAACUACACAUGCCGUUCCAUGUUGUCGUCCCGACUUCCCCUUCCAUCAGCCAAUUGUUUGGAUAUGCCGUAGGUUUCCACCCAACCGGGGUUCGGUGUCCAAAAGGGACUUCCAUACGAGCGGUGUAGCAUCACCCGUUAUCUGCUGCAUUCUCAGCCCGGUGACGUACAACAUCCACAGCAAAAUGCGACAUACCCCCGAGUGGAAGCAGCGCGUAGAUCGAGAGUUAGUAAGUAGUAUGGUGUUGCACUCGAUGUGAGCUUGAUCGAAAGCAAAAUUGACCGAGGCCUCCGGCAGAUGCAGUCCUGCCUAUGACAGCUCUUAUACACAGUAGCAGACCAUACGGUAUAGGCCCUUUCUAGGGCUACAGCACGAGUGUAUCGCAUCAACGAGCCAGGGUACGGCUUAGUGCCGGCUAAUAUCCAUAGGGCGAUCGACGUAAUUUCGCAGUGUCUUCACGGUAUCACCUGAAAGAGUUCGAGUGGAGACAUAAGGAGGUGGAGAACACCUUUCAUUAUACGGUCAGGACCGUGGGGGAUUGGGAAUUAGAUAGAAGCAAUUCAGAGAACACUUUUGUGAUACAGAGUCUCUCCCGGGUGUACUUACAUCAGGUAAUCGUAUUUUAAUGAACGUGUUCAAGAAGAUAGCUACUCCACCACGGCCAGUGGAAUGAUAGCGAAAUAACACAAACCAAAAAAUAGGAGACUCAGCACGUUAUCACACAUCACAUGAACAGCCGGAAGUCUAUUUUAUUGCAAUUUCUAUAUCGAGCGACAAUAUGGUACUUGUAUUUAGAAGCUACAGGCAGAUCGACCUGAAAUUCUCUGUAAGAAGACGGAAGACAAUAUUCUUUUUGGUGCAUAGUCAGUCAUGGGAGGUCAACCUGGACGGACAUAGAACGAGCGCUCGACACGUGCGUAAUAAAUUUCCAAAUAUAGAGCAUUCGACACGUGCGUAUUGAAAUUUCCAAAUAUAGAGUACUCGACACGUGCGUAAUAAAAUUUCCAAAUAUAGAGCGCUCGAAAGGUGCG